CUUCUUGAUGCUUGUCGGCGGGAUGGCUUGUCCUUGGCUGUUACAUCUGAUGCCUUGGCCCGCAUAAGAGAUAUGGGCGAUCACAAUCGUCUCGGUGAUUCUGACGCGUCCUGAUUGCAAACGUGCUUUGGAGACUGGCAGUGCAUGCGUGUUGAUCUCGGGGACGUGAGGAGUAUAAAGGAAGGCUUAUCUCUCCGAAGGAUCCAGUAUAACCCAGUAGCUCUCUAGGUCCUCUCAGAAGAUCAUCUCAUCUGAUUGAUCGUCUUCUUCUCACUUCCAGUCAGCAUUCGUGAUUGAUCACAAUCAUAAGUUCGAUAUGACUUACCCUCUUGGAAAUAGCCCUCCGGACGGGCAAAGGAUAGGCUCCAACUCUUCUGAAAAGCGAGAGUACGAGCCUUCAGCACUAGGCUCUCUUACACUGUCUACCUCAUCCACAGUCGAUGAUACGGAAAAGAACUGGCCGACAGGAUGGCGGCCGUACGCAGCUUUAUUCGGUGGCUUCUUGCUUAUGUUUUGCGCGUGGGGAACUGUCAACUUUUACGGAACAUUUGCUUCCUACUAUUCGGAGUCUCUCUUCCGGGGUGACGACAUGCUGCUCAGCAACUUGGUCGGCUCGACACAAUGUUUUGUUGUACUCUUCUUCUCGUUUAUCGUUGGCCGACUGCUGGACGCCAACCAUAGCCGCCAGCUCUUGCUGGCAGGUUCAGUCAUCAUCACCAUUGGCAUGUUCAUGCUGAGCAUUAGCAAUGGUAAUGGAGGCCUGAACCAGGGCAACUAUGGUUUGACAUGGUUGACACAAGGCUUGGUGACUGGCCUUGGUAUGGCUUGUUUCUUUGUAUCGAGGUAAGUUCGAUGCUUGCUGUCAUGAACUCUCAACAGUGCUAACGGACCACGCUAGUUCUCAGAGUAAGCUUCUCCAUGCUGCACUCACUUGAACAUGACUAAUAUCCCGAAGUAACGGCAACAUG